AUGGAUGUAUCUUAUCAAACCCUUGCGUCGGCCGCUGUCCUGGGGAUAUUCGGUAUCUUACUCCAAUCUAUCAUCCGAGUCCUACUCCGUCCAGUCUUCUCCCACUUGCGACAUCUCCCCGGUCCCAAGAGUCCUCAAUUCCUAGUUGGGCACGCUGUGCAGGUCCUCCGUGGUGCAGGUCCCAACGAACUUUACUUACAGUGGAUGCGUCGCUGGCCAGAUGCGCCUUUUAUAAGAUGUCUCUCCUGGCUCAAUUCAGAAGUCCUGCUUGUUAAUAAUUUAGACGCAUGUCGAGAGGUGCUGCAAAAGAAUGCCUAUUUGUUUGCCAAGCCGGCUUUCUUUCACACUCUUGUGGGAGAGUUUCUCGGCGUCGGGCUUUUAUUCAGUGUUGGCGAUCAACAUAAGAGAUUGAGACGUAUUACUGCAGGUCCUUUGUCUCGUCCAAGUAUACGAAAGCUAUUUCCUAUCUUUCUCAACUACUCUGAAAAGCUCAACCAUGAAAUUGAGCAUGCUAUGAAACAGAGCGAAAAUGGGGUCUUUGAAGAGGCUUUUACAAGAGUAACACUCGACGUAAUCGGGGUCUCAUUACUCGGCAAAGAACUGCGCGACUUUCGAUCACAAUCCUCGCCUCUAUCGUUCGAGCAAUGCUACAGCGCUAUCCUCGCACAGCCUCUCGCCGGUCAAGUAAUCAGUUUCAUCAACCCGUUUAUCCCACUUCGAUGGCUUCCAGUCUCGGCAAACUUGAACUUUAUCCAAGCCAAAUCUGCCUUGAAAACCAUGAUGACGGAGCUGAUCGAUCAGCGCACAGCAGAGGUGCACGCCGCGAAGGAUCAAGAUCUACAAGAUGGUCUCUCUGAUGAUAUGCUGACUAGGAUGAUCGAGGCUAGUGCUGGAGAAGAGCAAAAGCUGUCGAAACAGGAACUAAUCGAUAUUACCAUGCAAGUAAUCGCUGCAGGGCAUGAGACAACCGCCAGUGCUCUGCUUUGGACAAUCUACGCACUUUCCAAAGCCCCUGCUGUGCAAAACCGGUUGAGGAACAAGGUUCUCGCCUUGGAACCAAGCAUGAUCUCGGCAAAGACAAUAGACGAACUGCCUUAUCUGGACAACGUCAUCCGUGAAGCUCUUCGCGUCUACUCACCCACACUGACCGUCCCAUGGGAAUCACUAGAGGACACGACCAUCGCUGGCGUACAAAUCCCAAAGGGAACGACAGUGCAGAUAGUACCAGCCAUGAUCCAGCUCAACCCGGAGAUCUGGGGUGCCGAUGCGGAGGUCUUCAAGCCCGAGCGAUGGGAUGGUGAAGCCGUGAGUCCGUUUGCUAUGGAGACCUUCUCAAACGGUCCUCGGAUAUGCCCUGGAAAGGCGCUGGCUUUAUUGAACAUGAAGGUCUUGCUGGUAGGAAUGGUCCGAGAGUUCAAGUUCGAGAUUCAAGAGGAUGAGGAGUUGGAGUUCAGAAAUCCAAGUCUUAUUCUGCGAUCCAAGGUUCCACUUCGAUUCAAAGUUGAACGAGUGUGA